UAUGUUUCAACCCGUUGUUUUUCCGUUGGAUGCUCGGAGAAGAAAAAUAUCUGUCUUAUAGAGACAUAAAGCUGUUGGACCCUGUCAUGGCAAAAUCCUUCAAUUACUUGAUGCACAUCUUGAACGAAAGAGACCGCAUUACCAAGGAUUCUACUCUGACAUCAGUAUCCCGAGAGGAAAUGCUACGUGACUUAAGUGCAGAAGUUGAGGAGCUAUGCCUGGAUUUUAAGCUGCCUGGCCCGCUAGUCAUUGAACUAAAAAACAACGGAACCGCAGAACCCGUGUCUCUCCGUAAUUUAGAUAAUUACUUAGAGUUGUUUGCCUACUGGACAUUGGUCGGAGGAGUGAAUGGCGCAAUGCAAGCUUUGAAAGCAGGUUUUGAAAGCGUCUUCUCAUUGCGAAACUUAAAUUUGUUUUUCUCUGACGAGCUUGAGCUCCUUUUCUGUGGGACGGCAGAGAUUGACGAGGAAUGGAGCGUGAAAAACCUAGUCGAUAGCUGGGACUCGAGUCCCUCUCCACGACCAGCUCAAGUCAUGGCAGAGUUGGUGUCAACUUAUGACAGGAACGAGAGAAAGAGAUUUCUGCAAUUCUCGACUGGAUUCUCUCGCCUUCCAGUGGGCGGCCUCAAGGCCCUUAAACCAAGGCUUAUGGUCCAGGAACACCAACUUCUGCCAUAUGAUCGUGCUGACGAGAUUUAUCCAUCUGCACAGACAUGUACUAAUCUGUUGAUGGUACCUCGCUACACCAGCCCACUUAUUUUGAGAGAGAAAAUGGCAUACUCCAUUAACCAAGAAUUGCGUUUUUACAAUGCAUAAAUUAUUUCUUUGGAUAGAGCCUUUCGUGGCGCCUUAGAGAUUUUGAUUGCCCCUUUUCGGUUUGUCGUUGUUUGUCAACAUUGAGUCGCACUCAAUGAAUGAAAGUUUCGGGAGGAUAAGUGUUUGAUUCGGUAGUUGUUUGAAAUAUUGCUUUAUCCUGCUCUCUAGUGUGUUCUGUGUGCUCUCUAAGUGUUCUGUCAACUGUCCGUCAUUGCGUCAUUGUUUGUUUUUUUUCGUGAGUGAGAAUUUUGCAGUGUCAUGUUAAAUUAUUUUGGAUUUAUAUAUUCGGAUUCAAGAAGCCAACGAAAGUCAAAAGUUGUUAAGUGCUUUAACGGGGCAACUGGUGUUUGGAGCGGAUCGAUUGGUGCUGGUGGGGGUACAUUACAUACAUUAGUACAUUACUUGUCCCUGAACCAGGGAUGCUCUAAGUGGUUUCAAUUUGUUCUGAGUAGUUUUUCUCAAGUUUUUCGUUUAAUAAAUCUACUGGUAGUGCUGUGCCAGUAGUAGUGAUAUCGCUCAUUACCUACGGACAGCAUUGAGUCAAAU